AUGCCAGUUUGUAUAGUCGAAAAUUGUUUUAGUGGCAGUAAACGGAAAGGGUUAUUUUGUGACCCAAAGAUACAUAUACAUCGAUUUCCUAAAGAUGUCGGAAUGAGAGCUUUGUGGGUGGAAAAAAUUCGAAAUGCUUCAAAUGUGAUCAAAGAGAUUAACUGUGAUACUGCUGCCGUAUGUUCUUUACAUUUUUCUGUAAAUUCAUACGAAGAAAGAACAAAUGUGCAAAAUAUGUUGGAUUAUUCUCCAAAAUGUGGGAGAAAAUUAAAACCUACUGCUAUCCCUUUUAGUGAUGGAAAUCAAUCUUCUCCAAUAAAAACUCCAGCUGGAUUAUUUUCUGUGACCAGUUCAGCUGAUGAAUCUAAAAGUGUUGAAUCUGUGUUCAGGCGAAAAAUAUCAUGCCAAGUUGAUUUGUUUGGUGUAUCGGACACUAUACCUGGUGUCAAAUGCCUUGAAAAUAAUGAGCCAGACUUAUUUCAAAAAAUGAAUAAUGAUUUUGAAAAAUAUAAGAAAGAGAAAGAUGAACUUAUGGCAGAAAAUGUAAAAUGUAAAAAUAUAAUUCAGAUGCAAAAUGAAAAAAUUGAGUACUAUAAACAAUUUGUUAAUUUGGAAAAUCAAAGAUUCGAAUCCCGUUUUAGUGACAUUUUGUCUAAAUUAUUUACUAGUACUCAAAUUAGUCAAAUACUCCGACCGAGUGAAAAAGUUUCGAAAUGGUUACCAGAAGACAUAUCUUCUGCGAUAACAUUACGUAGUAUUUCGCCAAAAGCCUACAGAUAUUUAAGGAAUAAAAAACAGUACCCAUUACCAGGUUUGUCUACAUUAAGAAGAUGGGCUUCAACUUUUGAGGUUGAACCAGGAAUACUUGAAAGUGUAUUAACUCUUAUGAAAGCCAAAGGAACUUUAAUGACUGACAAUGAAAAGCUUACUGUUAUUGCUUUUGAUGAAACAUAUAUAUCCAAUAGAAUAUGUUACGAUAAAAAAAAUGAACAGGUGAUUGGUCCACAUAGAUGUGUGCAGACUGUUGUUGUACGAGGCCUUGUAAGUAAUUGGAAACAACCAAUUUUUUAUAAUUAUGAUACCCAUAUGACUAAAGAUCUACUAUUUAAUAUCAUUGAAGAAUUACAUAAGAUUGGUUUUAAUGUAAUUUCGAUGGUAAAUGAUAUGGGCCCUUCCAGCAUGGCUUUAUGGCGGUCUUUAAACAUUUCAAAUGAAAAUACGUCAUUUAAACAUCCAAAUACAGGAAAAAGUGUUCACGUUUUUGCAGAUGUCCCACAUCUCUUAAAAUUGGCCAGGAAUCAUUUACUUGACAAUGGGUUUGUACUUCCUAAUGAAAAGUAUGUUGGUAAAGCAAUUCUCCAAAAGCUUCUAUCAAUUGAUUCUGAGAGAUUAGAUUAUAAGUUGGCACCUAAAUUGACUGAACGGCAUAUUGAAGUUCAAGGAACUGGAAGGAUGAAUGUCAAACUAGCUGCUAAUGUGUUUUCCGAUACAGUUUCUAAGGCUCUUGCAUAUCUUGGCACAAAGAAUUAUAUUGAUACAUUGAACUGGAAAGAUGCAAGAGAUUCAGAAAAGAGUCUGUUAAAUGAAAGUGACUGUUUAACUAGCUUAAUGUUUAACUCAAAUGUGUUUGAUGAAGUGGAUGAUUCCAACGAACAUGAUAAUGAAAUGGCCAAUAUAGAAUCGAGUUCAUGUAUAUCAAAGUCUUCAGUUCCAAAAGAAUGUUUUGACCUACUGACCGAAUUUGAAAUGGAAAACAGUGAGCCUUUCAAUGAACUCGAACUAGAUUGUGCCCAAUAUGUAGCUGGAUAUGUUGCUAACCGUUUUGCUAACAAACAUCCAGAACUUAUCAAACAAAUUGAUGAUAAAACUGUUAGUUGUUGGACUAGUUUUAAAUCAAAGGGUGGUUUGAAAUUGCCCUCUGACAACCUGAUGGUGGCAGUCAGAAAAUUAGAAAUCGAAUUUCAAAAACUUCAUCAAGAUAACAUUAGUAAAAAUAAAAAUAUAAUGAAAAAUAUGACCAACUUACUGAUGCCUCACAUUGAAGAUUUGUGUAUUCCAAAAUAUGCUAUUGAAUGCCUUGUAAGAACAAGGACAUUCAUCAGACUCAAUGAUCUCAACAACAGGACCACAGAGAAAAACUACGCGAAGAGACAAGAAAAGAGAAAAAAACAAAAAUUUAUAAAUUAA